AUGCCUAUCAACAUUCUCUCCGCCAAGUCCCUGGACAAUGAUAUCCCCGACAAGCCGCUCGUCUUUGUCGUAGAAGGAAGGUAUCAGAACUGGAUAAAGCCAAUCAUCCUGCUAGAAUGUCUCGGCAUAGAUUAUGAUGCCCCGUGCUUAGAUGGGCCUGCAACGCGAACCGACUGGUUCACCAAAAUUCAUCCCCAGAGAUAUGUGCCCGCCAUGAUUGAUGAAGAGGACGGCCAGCGCGUAACAUCCUGGGACAGCUCGCAGAUCCUGCAGUACAUUGCGAAGAAGUAUGACGUGCAGAAGAACUACUGCGGUUCUACUGCUGCCGAGGAACUGGAAAUAGGAAACUGGCUCACUUUUGAGACUGCAUCACUUGGCCCAACUGCAAAGUACUGGGUUUGGUACGAAAUUCGAAAGCCGGAAGAUCAGAACCCCAAGGCAAAAGAGAAGAUGUAUAAGGACCUCGUGGUUCAGUUUGGCAUCAUGAACGAUCGUUUGUCAAAGCCGGGACAAAAUUGGAUUGGGUUGCCUGACAGGCCAACCAUUGCAGACAUCUCCAUAUACCCGUUUGUAGAUGACCCGACGACGGCUCGUAUGGGGAUUGACAAGAAUGAUUUCCCGGCGCUCAAGGCUUGGAGUGAGCGUAUUGCUGAACUGCCGGGGGUGGCUAAGGCGUAUGCGGAAUUGAAUUCCCGAAAGGAGCUUGUCAUUGGGGAGUGA